AUGAGGAUUUUCAGGUGUAUUUUCUGCCUCGUUGUGGGCAGUGUGUCAGCUGUGGGCCACGCAGAGGGGGCCACUGGCGCCUCUCUCCUGGGUACGCUACUUCGCCCUUUGGAUGCGUUGAACCUCCAGACGGCCUUGAGCGCCCCAUCGAGCCUGUUAAGAGGCGACCGUACAGCAGGUUAUAGUGAAGCGAGGCCUCUUCUCCCGAAGCAGGGGGAUGUGUCUUUGUUGGACUCUGCCAAUACCCUAGAGCUCCUCUCCAGCCUUAGACUGCCGCGCCAGUCACUUACUGACUAUCUUCAACGGAGAACUACGGGAUUCUCCAGCAGAAAGUUCACGAUUGUUUCUGCCCUAUUCGGAGACGAGGCGGCCGAUCAAAAGCUCAACGAUGCAUUGGGACCGCCAGGAACUACGCAUGUGGAGCAGAGGACGGACUUCCCUACUCGUGACUCCAUCAGGCGCUACUACAAACCGGAGCCGCGGCUUCGUGCCGUGAAUGAGGCGCUGGGACUUCACGGUUUCCCUCCGCUUCCUUACUUGCCUCCGUUCCUUACGGACAGUGCAAAUGUGCUGGAAGGCGGCGACGCCAUAGAGCAGCUCAUCGAGAGGAUCAACAGCGGUCAAGGGCUUCCCGAGAACGUCAUAAACGAAUUUUCUUCGGAAGAGUACAGCUCUAUCCGUGCCUCCUGGCACCUCCCCUCAACUAGAAACUCUCCUCCCAACGAGGGUCUCGCCAGAAGCCCGUGGCCAAUUCCUCACAGAAACAGCGCAGCCCAAGGCAGUACGGCGCUACCGGGUCCAGAUGGUACCCGCCGUUUGAGCCACAACUUUUUGAACAGGGCGAUGGUAACAUCGAAUCCAAUAACUCUCUUUUACACAGCAGAUGAAAAGUAUCUUUGGGGAAGCAGCUGGACCACCAUCUUUAAAGUUGCGCGGACUAAGACAUCUUUGGCUGUUGUGGACUUCGUCCGAAAGAAAGUUGAGACCAUCAUGGAAGACAAGUUUCAUGGAGCUUACGCGCUACUCACGCAGGAGAACGUGUUCGUCGUUUCGACAGGAAAGCGUUUGGAGGCCUACUACGACGCGCCCAACUCCAACGGGGACCGCAUUAUGAUGCACCCUGAGACCUUUACGCUUCAAUCAGGCCUUCAGGGACUUGAUGCAGAAGCAGUCAGACCCCAGGAAGUCUUCCGCGCCCUGUGCAUGACCCAUGACGGCCACAUUGCCUGGGUCACUGACGUCGGGCGUCUGGGAAUACUGAACCGUGACGUGAAAAACGGCGGCUUUCGCAAGGCUCUUGCCAGCUUGAUGCUGGGAGCUGAAAAGCGUGAGAAAUCCGCAGCUAAGACGGACAAGACAUUAACACCAAACGGCAUUUCUGAUGCUUCCGAUGGCUCUGCCAGUGGUGCUUCUGACGAUAUUGAAGUGUCGAACAACAUUGCUUGCGACGACCGGGGCGGGAUAUAUGUGGUGUCCUCCAAGUACAUGCACAAGGCCGAAUGGAACGGCGAACAGCUUACUGUGGCUUGGGAAGAGCCCUAUGAUCUAGAGCCCGGUCUAGGGGGAACCGCUCCCGUGCGCCUUGGCGAGGGAUCGGGCAGCACUCCAACUCUUAUGGGCACUGCUAAUCGUCGCUAUGUUGUUAUUACAGACAGCGCGAAGCUCAUGAACCUAGUAGUUAUGAAUGCGCAGACCGGGAAGGUGGAAGCUAGACACCCCAUUACAUUUGGGGAUCCCAAUGCUAAGGAAACGGCCAGCGAACAGUCCGUUUUGGUUCAUGGUUGGCGCAUGGCAGUUGUAAAUAACCAGCCAACAGAGGAAACGAGACUGUCUACCAGCUUCUUACACUACCUGGGAAGCCCCACGACUUUCCUCGCAGGCCUCAGCUCUUCAGGCAAUACAUGGACGCGGUGGAACGACACCGUUACAGCGGCUCUCCCUGUCAUCGUGGGUGACGCCCCUAAGGGCGUUGAGCAAUUCGAAUAUGACCCUGACGCCAGGAAGAUUCGCUCUGUGUGGGUGAACAAGGAUAUUUCAAUCCCCAAUGGCAUCCCCUCAAUGAGCGCAAAGUCGCAACUCAUGUACGGUGUGGGCAAACGAUGUCCUCUUGGAGGCGAUGCCGCGCCGUUGAGAGGCAUGUGGACCCUUGAGGCCCUUGACUGGUGGACAGGGGUCAGCAAGUUCCACUACAACAUUGGAGUGGGGCCGAUGAGCAACUCAGUAUAUGCUGCCACGCAGAUUGGGCCAAACGAAAUCAUCACAGGAACUGCCGGAGGAAUCGUCAGGAUAAGGGAAGCAUUAUAG